CAUUUAAUAGUUUUCGUUGGUACAAUACGGUUGUCGUGACUCGUCCGAGAGGCGAGAUGUGGAGAUUAUUCGUUGUUUCUUACCGAUACGCGAACUCUAUGAAUAUUUGCUAAGUAUUCAAGGAUAAUUCGUUUUAUCUAUUAAACGGUUUAGUUUGUAACUUGUACGAUUGUGUUCCGUGCCUUUAGCUUAUGUAUCAUUGAUAACUAUCUCAGGUAGGUCGGAUUGGGAGGAAGAUGACUGUUUUUAUCUACGAGAGUGUUGUGAUUUCCGUAUGAGUAUAUGUUAUUCACAAUGACUACCUAUACUAGAUCAGCUGGUGUCACUUUAAAGCCAAUUGAAGUACCUAAACCUCUGCAGGAUGGAGAAAAAUUCAUCAAAUGGGAUGAGGAUUCAGGCACAGGCUUACCUGUCACUGUUCGAGUGGAUCCAAAUGGGUUCUUUCUCUAUUGGACAGACCAGAAUAUGGAAGUUGAAAUGCUGGACAUUGCAACAAUCCGAGAUGUUCGAACUGGUGGUUAUGCUAAGCUGCCUAAGGAUCCUAAGAUAAGGAACGUGGUACUGAUCGGCUCUCAAGGCUCACUCGAAGAAAAAACCGUGACAGUCUGCCACGGCGCUGAUUUCGUGAAUAUUACAUUCGUGAACUUCUGUUGCACUAGGAAGGAAAUAGCACAGUUGUGGACAGAAGAGCUGUUCAAUUUGGCGUACAAUCUGAACCAGUUCAACAAUCCAACUAUCAAGUUCUUGGAGAAACUUCACACGAAGAUCGUUUUGAAGGCAGAUAAGUCCGGGAAGAUAUUAGUUAAGAACAUCGUGAAGCUGUUCGCGCAAAAUAAAGAAGACAAGAAGAGAGUGGAGAAAGCGUUAAGCGAGUCAGGUCUACCCACGGGAAAGACAGACACCAUCUGCCAGUCUAAGUUCCAAUUUGAAGACUUCUUUGGUUUCUAUAAGAGUCUCACCCAGCGCACGGAAGUACUGAAUAUAUUUAACAAACUUACGGACGGAAAACCUCACCUAUCAGCUACGCAGCUCGUGGACUUCCUCAACGAGGUUCAACGUGACCCUCGUUUGAAUGAGAUCCUCCACCCUUACGCAGAUAUGCAGAGAGCAAAUGACCUCAUCAGGACAUAUGAACAUAAUAAAUACCAUCAGCAGCGAUCUCAGCUUACGUUUGAUGGGUUUUUGAGAUUUCUAAUGUCGGAGGAUAAUCCUAUAGUUGCGCCUAACAAAUUGGACCUCUGUGACGAUAUGGAUCAGCCCUUAGCGCAUUACUUCAUAAAUAGCUCGCACAAUACCUACUUGACUGGUCACCAGCUCACUGGGAAGUCCAGCGUUGAGAUCUAUCGACAAUGCCUAUUGGCUGGAUGCAGGUGUGUAGAGCUGGACUUCUGGAAUGGUCGAUUAGACGAGCCCGUUAUCUACCACGGCUACACAAUAGUGCCACAGAUCAACGCUCGUGAUGUGCUGGAAGCGAUCGCCGAAAGUGCCUUCAAGACCUCCGAUUAUCCAGUGAUACUGAGUUUCGAGAACCACUGCAGCCCGCGACAGCAGACGAAGAUCGCAAACUAUUGCAAAGAUAUAUUUGGAGAUAUGCUGCUGGAUAAGCCCUUGGAUUCACAUCAACUUGAGCCCGGGGGAGAGCUCCCACCGCCGUCGUUACUUAAGAAUAAAAUAAUAAUAAAGAACAAGAAAAAACAUCAUCAUCACCACAAAAAGGAAGAGAUCGUGGUGGUUGAAGAAAGCGAACAGCAUGUGCCCCAGGGAAAUGGAGAAGUGGCGCUUGGAUCGCUAGUUCGACAAGGCUCAAAGGAAAGCAGUGAGACCUCGGAGUCCGAAAGUUCUAGUGAAGAGGAAGCGGGUGGCACUGGAGAAGUGGAGGGGAUUUCAGAGGAUUCGAGAAGGGAGAGUCAUGCUGUUGCAGAAAUUUCUGCGCUUGUCAACUAUGUACAGCCUGUGCAUUUCAGCUCGUUUGAGAAUGCUGAAAAGAAAAAUCGUUACUACGAAAUGUCAUCGUUCGAUGAGAAGCAAGCAACAACGCUACUAAAGGAGCGACCAGUCGAAUUCGUUAAUUAUAAUAAGCACCAGUUAUCCAGAGUAUAUCCCGCGGGAACUAGAAUUGUUUCUUCGAAUUUUAUGCCGCAGGUGUUCUGGAACGCAGGAUGUCAAUUAGUGGCUUUAAACUACCAAACAUUAGACCUGGCGAUGCAGCUCAAUCUCGGAAUCUUUGAAUACAAUAAGCGUUGUGGUUACUUGUUAAAACCCGAAUUCAUGCGACGAAAGGAUAGACGCCUUGAUCCGUUCGCAGAAAGUACGGUAGACGGGAUAAUAGCUGGUUCAUUGUCUGUGAGCGUUGUGUCAGGCCAGUUACUGACGGAUAAGCGUUGUGGGACGUACGUAGAAGUGGAUAUGUUCGGAUUACCCGCGGACACGGUCCGUAAGAAGUUCCGUACACGAGUUGUACCUAAUAAUGGCAUUAAUCCAGUAUAUGGGGAUGAACCGUUCGUCUUCAAGAAGGUGGUGUUGCCAGAACUAGCGAUGCUGCGUAUAUCAGCCCACGAGGAAAGUGGGCGGUUGCUCGGCCACCGAGUGUUGCCGGUUCCCGAAUUAUGUCCCGGAUAUAGACACGUCGGCCUGCGAACGGAGCUAGGACAGCCCACGGGAGCCGCGUUACUUCUGCACGUACAAGUCAAGGUGAACGUGCGACCGUACUACGACUAUGUACCAGAUCGGUUGUCAGAAUUGGCUGAAGCGUUGGCGAACCCAAUCAAGUACCAAAGUGACAUGGAGAAGAGGGCUCAUCAGCUGUCAGUACUGACAGAAGACACAGACACGGAGGAAGCACCGCUUGAUGCUGUUAAGAGACCUGCGUCUGGUGUUUCUGUACCUAGACCAGAGAGCGGGACUGACGUCAGUCCAAAGAAACCUGUUGAAUCAAAGGCAAAUGAUUCCGAUACGCAACCAAACGAAAUCGAUAGAUCAACAGAAAAGGAUGAGCCACAAAACAAAUGGAAUGGCAGCAGUACAGAGGCGAAUAUUGAAGAUACACUGAAGAACUUGCUGGAGAGCAAAGUGGUCCGCGAGAAGAGAGCGGAACUUGGCCGCAAAUUGGAUGCAUUAAGAAAGAAGCAGACUAGGGGAAAACCCGGUGCCACCAAAUUCUUUACUAAGAGAAUUUCCAUUAAGAAUAUGAGCGAACAAAGUUUAACAACUGAAGAAGGUAGUACAUUGGAGGGACUGGGCGGCGGCGCGUGCGCAGGCGGCGCUGAAAUAGAACGGAGUAUGAGAUUGCAGUACCACAAUACAAUAUUUGCUACACUUGAGAAGAUGCUCAGGAACGAACAUCUUCAGCAGAUGAAGGAUCUUACUGAGAGACUUGAAUCAAAGAAGAAAGAGGUAUUAAAUCGCCUGGCGACCUCUCGGAAGGAGGACGUGAAGGCUCUCGCCAAAGCCAAUCGGGACAAAGACGAAAUACUCAGAAGGAAAAGAGAAAUACAUUCAGAGUCCGUGAAGCGGGGUGUAGCGGAGUGUUCCAAGUUGGAGAGUGAACAUGCCAGACUUCGUGAACAGCUGGUGCAUCAUCACGACAAACUGCGUACUGCUCUGCAGAGACACCGCGAACAGGAGUUACUGGAGUUGGAACGACUGUGCGGCAGCGCGCCUGAAGGCUAAGUCGGAAGUCUGACAAUUCUUUUGACGUUUUGGCGUCCUGGCUUUUGACUAUUAGCGCCCCGGAUUUACGCCUAGACGUACGGGGCCCCGGCGCUUGUGCGACCCUCAAGACUUAUGUAGCGUUCUCUGAGUGAUCUGAUUAUUCUCCAAGUAUUGGAAUCUUAGCUUUGCCGGUGGGGCUCUAUUGAUGUCUGUUCUGCUAGUCGGGUCCCAGUUGGGGCCCUAAGGCCCCAUUGUCUUGGCGUGCGAGUGUUGUUUCGUUUAGUAAUCUGUGAUAUUAAAUCCUAAGUAGGGAUGCGUCGUUCGUAUCAAGUUUAACACGCUUUAUAUUUUUUGUUCUGUUUCAUAAUGAAACGUGGUAGAUGAAUAUCGCACAAUAGAACACCAAGGUCUUAGUUUUUAAGUCAUUGAUGUGUUGUGGCUUAACUCAAUAUCCGAUACGAUCUCUAUUGUUAUUAAAAUGGUAAAUUUGGUAUUAUUAUUUCAAUGUAUGGAACGGAAGCAUUUUAAAUGAUGGGCAAUAUUUAGCCUAUUUACAUAAGUAUGAAGUGUAUGACUAUGUAAAGCCUGUUACUAACAUAAAAAAAGGUUAUCACUUGGUUAUGCACGACUUGAUCGCACAAUUUUCGGAUAUAUUUUAAUGUUAAUUAAUCAAAUCUUUUAUUUUUCAAUUAUUCUUUUAAAAUAUUUUAUAUAUUAAAAUUCUAAAAUGAAGAAUAAUUAUAGUUUCUUAUAAAAUUUAAAAUCAAACAUUCUAAUGUAUGGUAAAUUAGAAUGUUUGAUUUAACUCCGGGUUCUAUUUAAAAUUUGAUAAUUGCUACGAGACGUAGUUUCUUGUAUUGAAAAUUAAUAUAAAAACUUCUAUAGAAAAAAUAUCUCGUAGAUUUUUUUAAUAUGGAAUCGCGCGUCAUAACAAUAACAUUCCAAUAUUUGUUCUUAAUCUGGCAUUAAUAAGUAUUAGGUCUUUUUCUUGAACUUCACUGCCUUGGAGUAGAAUUUGAUUCAAAAUAUAUACAUUAUCAAGUAUAGAUGCAUAAUAAACUACUAUUUUCCUUCUCUAAAGAUAAUUUACUUUAUAUUUUCAGAAAUCUUGGUAUUAUAAAAAGGUAUAUUUGUAAUUAAUGAGUGUGAAGUGCCAUUUUCGCCUUUCUUACAACAUUAUGAACUGACUAACUGUAAAACUUAUUUUCAAUAAUGUAUUUUUCUGAGACUUCUUUAGAUACCUUUACUAUAGAAUUCACUAUUGAAACAGGGAUUAUAAUCCUAUAAAUCUUAUCUUAGAGUGUAUUAAUAUUUAGUGUACAAUAUGUAAUGAAAACAUUGUGAACAUAUUUUAAAAUAAAACACAAUUUGUAUAACCAUUAAGCAGUCUAAUAAUAAUACAAUUAGGUAUGAUUUAAUAUAUAGCUAAUAAACAGAUUGAGAAGGUCAUUGACCUAAGGUCAAAUACGAAAAGUGAAUGACCCUAAGUUUGAAUUGCGACGUAGGCAAGGGUCAGACGGUCAAUAAAUAUCGUGAUCCCUGUCUCAAUAUAUAUUGAAUCAACUGGUCGUAAUAAACUUUCAAUAGAUAUUGACUUCAAUAUUGUCAGUAGUCAGAAGAUAAUUCUUUGGAGUGGACGUGUUUCGUAAUAAUUGACGAUAAAAGUAAUGCUUGUAUUGUUAUAAUAUAGGCCAAACUUUAAUUUACCUUAAUGCUAUUAGUAAGUUCAUUAAAACAAUACACUUUCGUAAUCAGUUAUGAACUAUAAUUUUUGAAUACGCAUAAACACAAAAAUACUUUGCGUUGUAAAACAGUGAUUCAACAUCUUACUCGUGCGUAUCCAAAUCAACACGCACACACACACUCAAUAAAUAUUGACAGAUAUUGAUGGAUCAUAAAUAUAUAUGCUGAAUAUUUCUGCCGCAUUUACACAUCAAUAAAUAUUAACGAGAUCUCAAGGAUCACGAUAUAUAUAGACUGUCUGACCCUUGUCAUACAGAUUUCCAUGUCCGAAGAAUGAUUCAAAUAGGUUCUAGUGUUUUUGUUACAUAUUGUAGUCAAUUGGUCCCCUUCGUCUACUGUUGAAAUAUUACACUGACUUACCCCUAUUUUGAAACCGCUAUUUUCGUAGAGGUGUAAUUAAGCAUGUUAUAAAUUUAGAAUUAAAAGUUAAAAGUAGUUUGUGAAUUGCAUCCUGUUCUUGCCUUAAACGAUAUUGGUAAGCGUAAAGUUAACAUGUUGUCUCUUUUUAGCUAUAACGUUGCCGUAUUGUCUUGAAAAAAAAAAGAGUGCGUGUACUUAUGUACGUGCGUAAGAAGUUAUACUUCUUUGGCAUUAUGAAAAAUAGUUUUUGAUUGCAUGCAAAUAAUUAAUU